AAUGUGGUUUUAUCUUGGCACUAUCCAUUUAGCAUGUUCCACAGAGCAGUCUAGUCGCUGUUGGAGGUGUGUUGUAAUCUUUGUUUCUCAGAGGAGGAUGUAUUUAAGAUCUUUUUGGGGUUUGUUAUAGAAACACUGCAGGGUCACGUACAUAAUAAAGUCUUAAGGUAGUAGAGACCUCUACCACACUAUCAUGAGAUUUUUCUCCCACUUGUGAAGUGAAGUACGGCUGCCAUGUAUAAAGAUGCAUUUAAAACCUUCUGAAACUAAAGACUCAGGCAAGUGUUCAUCAGAUAUUGGGAAUCUGUUAAUAUUUUCUUCAGCCAAAAUCAAGGAUGAGGAAGAGGGAAAUGAAUUGGGACAAUCCUUUAGUUAUUUAUUUAGUAUCAAAUUUGACCUGUAUUUUUAGGGGCUUAUGCUUUUUACUUCCAAAAGAAAAUUUAUUUUUUCCUUGAACUCACAGUAGUGUAGAAAAAUCAUAUUAAUUUUAUAACAUUAUUCUCAAUUUACAGAUGAAGAAUGUUAGUGUCAGAAGUUAAAUUUGAAAUGCUUUUGUUCUUGGUUCUGGUAGUCAGGACUUUCUCAGCAUAAAUAUGCCCAGGAAUCAGGAAUUCAGUGCAAGAGUUUUGAGGGUUUAUGGCUUCUCACUUAUUACUAUAUAUUAGUUUACAGUAUGUAUUUGGUAUUAAAGCAAGGAUGUGUCCCUACUCUGCCAGCCCUAAACCGUCUCCUGUACAUUAAGCCUUACAUUUGUCUGUGUGGGUAACCAUCUCUUUCACUUGCCAUGGGCAGAGUUUUGCAAGGUUGCAGAGUAAAACCUGUCAGCUGACGCUUGCUCACAUGAGAACCAUUAAGAGGGUGAUGUGGCCAAUGUCAGAACAACCUUGCAGCUGAAGGCAAGCCACUGCAUUUGCCCAGAGCCAUAUGAAUAGGUCUUGUGACUGAAUACUUCACUACCGCAUAAUCUCCAACCGAGGAGCACAGAUGGAGUGGGUCAGUCCAGGCUGCUCAACCUGUUGAGGACUUUUCUUCUGCUAACAGGAGCACAAGCUUAGGAACGAAAGUAGGAAGUGGGAAUUGGACUUGUCUGUUGAUAAUGAGUUUGCUGAGAGCAUGUUUUAUAACGUGAUGGAUGCAUCUGACUUCCUAAAUCAUUGGUGGGCUUAAUUUACGUAACAAAUGAAUGUUCCUUUUUUUUUUCUUUCUUAAAAAAAAACUUUCGAAAGAGGAAUUUGUAGGCUGCUGCCAAGUAGCUUGUCUCACCUACUGUAUAGGGAGUGCAGUGAUCAUUUAGAGUAGCUGGUCACUUCGGAAUAUCCCUCAAACAACAAAGGCUCUUCAACAUUUGUGUCCAAGUCCAUGUUGAUAGUCAGGAUAAACCGGAAGGAGGUUGAACGGCUCAGGAGAUGUGUGGCGGCACAGCGAAGACCACAAACCGGCCCCCUGGCCGGCAGGAUUCAGCCAGUUACGUGAGUGAUGCUGUCUCUGGUGCUGGGAGGACUUGCAAGACACUUUUCUGCACAAAGAUUCGAAAACGUGCCAGGGUAGGAAGGGGCACUGAUCACACGGAACUCGACAGCAGUUGGUCAUGUUCGGAGUUUGACCUGAAUGAGAUUCGCCUGAUCGUUUACCAAGACUGUGAAAGGCGAGGUAGACAAGUCUUGUUUGAUUCUAAAGCUGUUCACAACAUUGAAGAGGUGGCAACUCAGAAAACAGAGGAUGUCCCUAUUAAAACGUCAGCCAAGUGCUGUCAGGGAGGCAGCAGCAGCAGCAGCACCAGCAGCAGCAUCUCUUCCUACAGUUCUUCUGGGGGAACCUCACAGUACGCGAAGGAGCAGCUUCCCAAGUACCAGUACACAAGACCAGCUUCAGAUGUCAACAUGCUAGGGGAAAUGAUGUUUGGCUCAGUUGCAAUGAGUUACAAGGGCUCCACCUUAAAGAUACACUAUAUACGCUCUCCUCCACAACUGAUGAUUAGUAAAGUCUUCUCUGCUAGAAUGGGCAGCUUCUGUGGGAGCACAAAUAAUUUGCAAGACAGCUUUGAAUACAUCAACCAAGACCCCAACUUGGGAAAGCUGAACACAAAUCAGAAUAAUUUGGGUCCUUGUCGUACUGGAAGUAACCUAGGUCUGCUGCAGGCAUGCAGCAGCAAGCUGCUGCAGGGGGUGGCAGAAGGAGGACCUCUCCGGCUCACCCGGAGUGCUUCUUUCUUUGCAGCACAUAGCACUCCAGUUGACAUGCCAAGCAGAGGGCAGAAUGAAGACAGGGACAGUGGCAUUGCUCGAUCAGCCUCCCUAAGCAGCCUCUUGAUUACACCGUUCCCAUCUCCAAGCUCCUCUACGUCCUCUUCUAGCAGCUACCAGCGGCGCUGGCUUCGAAGUCAGACAACAAGUUUGGAAAAUGGCAUCAUUCCAAGGAGGUCAACUGAUGAGACAUUCAGCUUGGCUGAAGAAACCUGUAGUUCUAAUCCAGCCAUCGUUCGGAGGAAGAAAAUCGCCAUAAGCAUCAUCUUUUCCCUGUGCGAAAAAGAGGAGGCCCAAAGGGAUUUCCAGGACUUCUUUUUUUCUCACUUCCCCCUGUUUGAAUCUCACAUGAACAGGUUGAAGAGUGCAAUUGAAAAGGCCAUGAUCUCCUGUAGGAAGAUAGCAGAAUCAAGUCUCCGAGUCCAGUUUUAUGUCAGCCGUCUGAUGGAGGCUCUGGGAGAAUUCAGAGGGACUAUCUGGAACUUAUAUUCUGUUCCAAGGAUAGCAGAACCUGUAUGGCUCACCAUGAUGUCCAGCACUUUGGAAAAAACCCAGCUCUGUCAGCGUUUUCUCAAGGAGUUCACACUCCUAAUAGAACAGGUCAACAAAAACCAGUUUUUUGCUGCCUUACUGACUGCAGUGUUAACCUACCACCUGGCCUGGGUACCGACUGUCAUGCCUGUUGAUCACCCUCCCAUUAAAGCCUUCUCAGAGAAACGCACCUCUCAGUCGGUGAACACACUGGCCAAAACACAUCCGUAUAAUCCUCUCUGGGCACAGCUGGGUGAUCUCUAUGGAGCCAUCGGCUCUCCAGUUAGGCUGACGCGCACCGUGGUGGUGGGGAAGCAGAAGGAUUUGGUCCAGCGCAUACUUUACGUCCUGACCUACUUUCUCCGCUGCUCUGAGCUGCAAGAGAACCAUCUGACCUGGAAUGGGAAUCACGGAGAAGGGGACCAGGUGUUAAAUGGGAGCAACAUCACAACAGCCUUGGAGAAGGGAGAGGUGGAGGAGUCUGAGUACGUGGUGGUCACGGUGAGAAGUGAGCCUGCUCUCCUGCCCCCCAUCCUGCCAGCAACACUGACUGCUGAGGGAAGGAGCCCCGGACCCGAGGGCCUGGCUGGGACCCCAGAGGACAAGGACAUCAGAGACCUUUGUCCCCAACCUGACACAGAAGGAAACAAGAGUUCUGUGGCCUGCAGCCUGGACUACCAGGACCCAGCCCUGGGCAGCUCUUGGAAACCGCAGGAUGUAUUUUGUGGGGAGGAAGAAAGUGAAAAAGAGGCCCCAGGAGAUGGCUGUUCCAGGUUCUCCAGCUGGAAAGGUUUGGGGGCAGGAUUGAAGGCCAGUGAGGAGUUGAAAAGGGAGAUGCCUAAGAAACUCCCACACCGGUCAGCGGCCUGGCCUUGCCCGGACAGACCUCCCCGGGAGAAGCCUCCCCUAGAAAAGGUCACUUUCCAGAUUGGGAGCUCCGUAUCUCCAGAGUCUGACUUGGAAAGCCGUGCUCAGAAAAUGGAGGCGCGGCUCACGGCCUGUAGGCAGCAUCCAGAGUUAGCAGGUUGUCCCUUGGUGGAGCCCAGGGUGGCCGCUGACGCGGCUCAGGACCAGCAGGUUUCUAGGUGCUCCUUCCUGCCUGGCUUCCGGCAGAGUGUCUGCUGUCCUCAGAAUCUGCCAUCUGAGGGGGAUGAGGGUGACUUUGACAGGACUUACGCUGAGGACAGAGGCUUCAGCACGGAGGCUGCAGCAGAUGCUGCCGGGCAGCUCAACCCCCCUGCCGACUCGUCUGCCCCUGAUGCCAGUGCGGCAGGAACUGGGCAGAGGACGCUGGAGAACACGAGAGGGUUGCAUUCGAAGGCUGGGGAGGGACCUUUGAUAGAGCCUGUGUCUGGCAAGUGUGCACAGCAGGACUCCGGCACCUCCGUCGCUACAGAUGUCCCCUGUGGGGAUGCCGACGGGACGGCUGAUUUCAGGACUGAAGGAGACAUUCCCAGAAACGAAAGCUCGGAUAGCGCUCUUGGAGACAGUGAUGACGAAGUGUGUGCUUCAGCCACACUGGAUCUAGGUCACAGCGGCGACCAGGCUGAAGAGUCCUUGGAAGUGGAGCUGCCUCUGCCCAGGUCUCAGAGCAUCAGCAACCCGAAUGUCAGGAACUUUGGCCGCUCCCUUCUGGCGGGUUACUGCCCCACGUACAUGCCUGAUCUGGUGCUCCACGGGACCAGCAGUGACGAGAGGCUGAGGCAGUGCCUGAUGGCUGACCUGGUCCACACGGUCCAUCAUCCAGUGCUUGACGAGCCCAUAGCUGAAGCCGUCUGUAUUAUCGCAGACACGGACAAGUGGAGUGUGCAGGUGGCCACCAGUCAGAGGAAGGUGAUGGACAGCACGAAACUAGGCCAGGAUGUCCUGGUCUCUAGUCAGGUGUCCAGUUUACUUCAAUCCAUUUUACAGCUUUACAAGCUUCACCUCCCUGCUGAUUUUUGCAUCAUGCAUCUUGAAGAUCGACUACAGGAGAUGUACCUGAAAAGUAAGAUGCUGUCUGAAUAUCUUCGUGGACACACACGAGUCCAUGUGAAAGAAUUAGGUGUCGUACUGGGGAUUGAGUCGAAUGACCUGCCUCUGUUGACUGCUAUCGCCAGUACUCAUUCUCCGUAUGUGGCUCAGAUACUCUUAUAAGCUUAAGCUCAGGACCAUUCUCCCUUGGCAGAAAAAACACACACAUUCUCAUGUGAAGAAGAGAAUAAGCUCUCCAUGACGUCCAAAGCAUAAGAAGAGCAAACAGAAACAGUCAUUCCACCGCUUUGUCUUGUUUUAUCUUGUUGCUUUCAAGUGGAUGCUUUAUUGGAACUUAGGUUUACUUGACAUAAUGGCAUGUGUGUUUCUCAUGAACACUGUAGGUCUUUGUUACCCAGGAGUCAACAGAGAGAGUGACCUCUCUGGAAGGAGGAAGCAUAUGCACUACACUACACACUAAGCUGUUGGUACUGCUCGCCUUGUGUGUUUGGGCCAAACGACAAGGGACUUUGGAGCAGGAGGUAAACAAUGUGCAGACCAUUCCAGCGGGAAAAUGCUUCAGAGCUGACCCAUGAGCUCUCCACACUGGAGAAAGCAUAUUCCACUAUUCUAAGAAGACAUCAGGAAAGGACUUCAGAUUCCAAGUCGGAGUUUGCUUUUUACAAAAGGUGAAGUAAAGAAAGCCACAUGGGCCCUCGUCAGCUCUGGUGGCUGUGGGAGCGACACUGACCUAAAACAGGGAAGAAUAUUGACUGUGGGGAAGAGAGUGCUAUAGGGACCCGCUCUUUUCACAUCUUCUUGGAGUUUACCUUGUCUCAGAUACAGCCACAGGUAGGUUAGAGGUGGAUUGUUGGUGCAAUAAACCCAAGAAUCAAUGUAGCAUCUUAAUCCCAUCAGGAUGGAGUUUGUAGCAGCAAAGUACACAGUCUGAUACCGUGUGUUUAACCUUAUACUUCAGAGCUUUCAGCAGCCUCUUUAAGAGAGGCCAUUUACCAAAGUUAUUUCUAUAAGCUCAAGAGUAUUCCUGUUGCUAAAUUCUUCUAGCCAAAGCCACUUUCUUCCUGUAAUAGCUAAUACAAAUGACUAUUUAUACUCUACAAGGCACAGCUGUCCUGGUGGGAAAUGAAACCUGCAACAGUUCAGGAUGACUAAUGAAAGCAAUUAGUUUGAACAUUUAUAAACAAUUCAUACAUGGUCUACAUUUUUACAUUAUCAUCUCUGUGCCUUCUAAUUCCUACAUACUUUUCAAAACACUGUUCCAGAAAUUAACUCCCCCAUAGUAUCAAACCUGCCAAAAUGAGGAAUUGUUUAUUUGCUAGCAUAGUUGACUUUAAAAAAAUAAAAAACACGAAACAUGUAAUUUUCUGUUACUAUAAAAUAAAUUUUUCUUAGUUUACUGACCAUGAACUAUGACCCUGUCAGACAAUGUACUGACAUCCAAGAUAAAGAAAAUGACUUAAAAAAUUGAUCAUUAAAUGACAAGAGCUGAUCUAGUAAAACAGAACAUUGUUAGCUAAUUAUAACCAGGCUCCAAUUUCCUUUCACUCUUUUAUAAAUUAAUUUCAGUCCUUCCCAUGUAUUCUUUGUACCUAAGAAAAUGAAGUAACUUCCCGACUAGGGUUUAUGACUUCAGAUUUUCUAUUUGAUAAAAUCCUAUCUUAAACACCAAGUUACAUAAGUGUGUCUCUUCUUUUACAAAUACAAGUGAAUUAUUUGUUUGAAAGAGCACCUAAUGGGAAAAAAUGGGUGUAUUACUUCUUAGGAAUAAGUCAGAUUUGCUGCCUUCCGCUCCUUUUUUUUUUAUGAUGUGAAAUGUAGAUGGGUGCAUUAAAGCUCUUAAGACCUUUAAUUUUUAUUUUAUGUCUUUCUUUCAUAAAAUUGAAAUUUUUCAUCCUUUUUAGAUUUUUCUGUUUUCUUUUGCCUAACAUCUGAGUUUGUAUUUUAAAUUCUCUAGUUCCAUGACAUCAUUGCUUGUUGUGAUGUUACACAGAGAGAAUGAACCUUACCUGUGGCUCAGCUCACUCGUCAUUUGCUUUUCAUUACAUGUAAAUUAAUGGUAAUAGCUGGUGUUAUAUCAUUUCCAUCUGCACCAGUUUAAAGCAUUCCCUCAUCUCUUGUUCCCUGUUCCUUGUUUACACGUUUGGGCACUUUCCCUCAUUCACCGCCUUCCAGGGUUUCAUAGAAAAUAACUAAAUACAAAAUCAAUUCCAUUCUUAUGUGGCAUGUUGAAAAUUAGACCCAUAUAGGGCGAAAUUGAGAUUUAAAAGGCUGAUUCUAAACUUCAUACAUAAAAGAUUGAGCCCAGCCCCCUCAAAACCUGAGAAGAUUUCAUUUGCCUUUUAAUCUGCUUUUCCAAAACUCUUGGAAACGUCUGUUGGAAAACCACAGGUGGGUCACACGUGGGGAUGGUUUCAGUGAUGCUCAGGGUUCCGGUCAGAACCUAAUCCUCACACCUACUGCCUGGAAAAACAGACGGAGAACGUUGCUGCUCUUUUAGAACCCUCCUUUCCAUAGCAUUCAAGUUUUGUUUGUCUUAAAUUCAACCUCUUCCCAAAAGUAGAAAAGAAAAAGAAUCUCAUGGGCUUGUGUUGAGAUACACCCACUCACACACCGUACACCACCCAGUGGCUUCAUUCUGUCUUAGCUGCAGAAGCAAAAAAGGGAUUCCACCCUCUCCCAUGCCCACCUCAAAAAACAAAAUUUUUUAAAAAAAUUUUUGAAAAAACUACCUCAGUUGACAGGAUUCCACCUUUAGGGUUUCUUCAACUUUUAAGUCUUACCUGUUGAGUGUAGCUUUUGUAGAAUCUUGCUUCUUUAAGCAAGCUAGUGAGGCAUGACAGAGCAGAGUUAUACGUGUUCCUGUGAUGGCCCUCUUUCUAGCAUGUCGCAGUUUUAUUUUUAAUAGAUUGAUGCGUGAUACGAAUGUAAAGAUAAUUGUGUAUGUUUAAACAUGACAAUGAAAAUUUAAAAUGUAGCUUCCAUACUUGUGCAUAACUCCAAAGUAUUUUAUUUUUAUCAGUGUUAAAUAGCUUUUUGUACAGGCUUCGAUCCAUUUUUCUGAAGUGUGCUGUUUUUUAAUGAAAGUAACUAUAAUCUUUUCACAUCCCAUGGAACUGCCGUUUACACAUCACAACUUUUUAAACUUACCAUAUUUUUCAAAAUUAACUUUUUUGGAGGGAGGGAAAUUCCUGCUUGCUAAAUGAUACUAAACUGUUGUUUGGGGCUCUUAUCAUUAGGUCCUGAGAUUUUAUAAAAAUUUAGUCUGUAGCUUUUUAGGUUCUUCACUAGAGUUGGUUGUACAUAAAAAUAAAGAAUAUAAAGUGACCCCCCCAAAUUCUUUUAAAUGACUGGAUUUUUCCUGUCUUAUGUACUUUUGGAACUAUUUUGUUCAUGCAUACUUUCACCAUUAAAUUGAGUCUUUAGCUUCUCUUGGUAAAUGUGAACCAUUUGUUUUGUACUGUGCUUUGUGGGAGGGGAUAUUUUGGUAUAAUACUUGCCUAAAUCAAGCAGUCCCCUCUGAAUGUUAAUUUUUAAAUGUCAAAAUUUGGUGAACUAUAUAACGUGGAAGCAAGAUUACAAUAUGCUUACAUUUAAGUGGUGUUUAAACAAGGAGAAACUUCUGGGAUUUGUUACCAUUGAAGCUCCAUGAAGACAAAUUGAUAGGACCUUAUAUUUUUGAUCAGUUAAAUAGCUAUCAAUGUCAUUGUAUGGAAAUUUUUUUCUUAAAACUUGUCCAUGUAUUAUUUUGAUCCAUUUUUUUUGUGGCAUUUGGUGCAAUAAACCUUUUGAAUUUAUCUGAA